AUGGGUGGUCAAGUAAUUCUACAUCAUCCAAAUGGCAAUGCUAGUGUGAGUUGCUUUUCUGAAACAAUUGGUCGUCAACAAGUCACUCUUUUACAUACCAUUCCUUCAUUACUAAUCAUACUUGGUGAUUAUUUAUCUACUAUCAAGAACAAGAAUAGUUUAAAGACACUUCGGUGUGUUCUAUCUGAAGGGGAACCAUUGAUGGCUAGCAUUGUACGUAAAAUUUUGAGUUUUGUAAAUGAACACUGCCGGUUUUAUAACUGUUACGGAUACACAGAAUGUACAGGAACAGCAGUUCAAUAUAUUGACGAAGGUAAUAGUAAUGAUGCUGAUUUUUUACCGAUUGGACGACCUCUGUCACGUGCUCACAUCUAUCUUUUGGAUGAAUAUCGUCAACCAGUAAUACCCGGUGUUCAAACAGGUGAAAUCUUUAUCGGAGGUUCGGGUCUCUUUUAUGGUUACUACGGAUGCAACGAGCUUACUCCUAGAGUACUAUGUAAUUUGAAUGAUGCAUUUUUUUAUAAAACAGGUGACUUAGGUUGGCUGAACACCAGAAUUAAACAGCUUGAAUUCAAAGAGCAUCAAUAUGAUCAAGUGAAGUUGAGAAACCAAUUCAUGGAAAUACAAGAAAUCCAAAGAGUUUUGAUGAAGAUAGUUGCCGAUUGUGUUGUUAUUAAAGAAAAACAUAAAAAUACUGAUUACUUUAUAGCUUAUGUUCAAACAACACAUACUAUUGAAUAUUUGAGACACCAUUGUUUAACCUUUCUUCCAUUAUAUAUGACACCAUAUAUUUUUAUAAUUGUUGAUACCUUACCAGUCGAUCAAAAUGGAAAAAUAAAUCAACAAAAUCUUCCAAUAUCUGACUUUUUUUAUCUUCCGACAUUUCCAAGUGAAGUGAAACUACCAAGAACUGAGAUGGAACAACGAGUACACAAAAUAUGGCAUCAAGUACUUUCUUAUGUAGGCUCGAACCUGUCAAUUUCAACAUCGUUCUUCUCACUUAGAGAUGAUCCUAAAUCGUUUAUAAGCUUAUUUAACCUAUAUUCCAUCAAUUUCAAUCAUAAUCUUCGAAUUACUACUUUUAUUGAGCAGCCAACCAUUGCUGAACAUGCUCGUCUUUUGAUGGAAAAUACGACAUUAGAAGCAAGAUGUGAUCGAUCUCAUUCAAUUGAUAUUAAAGAAGGUGAGUUGAGUUUUCGAUUACAUGUUUCUUGA